AUGACGACUUUACAUUCUUUUGUCAAUGCUAUCUACGGUCUGUUUCCAGGGUGGUAUUUGAAUCGCUCUGAUGGACGGGUUGACUCUCCACUUCAGUCUGUGCAGGAAUGGGAUUCCCGGUUGCAAAAAGGUGGUUUCCGUCCUCUCGAGUUUGUUGCCAAUGAUUUUGAUGGGAUAGCGGCUAGAACCAGUCUCAUGGUGGCACAGUUGCCUGCUCCUCCACAUAACACAGAGUCCAUUCAUUGUGUACUAUAUAGCGGUUCAAGGCUUCAAAAAUGGGCUGAUCAAAUUACGUCCCGACAUGGAGCAACAGAUGUUCCCAUCAAAGUCGUAUCAGCAGCCAGUCCUUUGCCAAAUUUCUCAUCUGAGGAUGAAACUGAGGCCGUGGCUCUUGUAUAUCGCCGGGAUUGCCUGCCUCAAUUGACCGGGCAGCAGAGCAAUUCGGAGGCAUCAGCCUGCAUUGGCGCAUUAUGGAUUACUUCCAAGUCCUUCUGCCCAGUUCGGACAAAAUCUUUAUCUUCCUUGCGGAGAUAUUUUGAUCUCAGUGUUCGAAGUCACGUCGUCAACCUCCAGCUGGAAUGUGAUACAUAUGCCGUGAAGGAUACGGUUCCUUACCAAGUCAUACAAGCUCUCACCCAAACAUCAUGGGUUGAGAAUUCUGAUCAUCCGAUAGAAACAUCCUAUGUCUACCACAAUGGUAACCUGAUGAUUCCAAGGUUUGUCAACGACAAAGAUCAUCAUCAUUCUGUUCCGCUGUGCAAUGAGACCAAUAGCCAGCAGGAUGUGGAAGAUCAUGAUGGAAGCUAUUCCACAACUUGCCAGUCUACAGAUACUCUCCCAAGCAAAACAAACGAGCCUGUACUGACUUUGACCUCUCGUGGAAGCUACCUUAUUUUUGGACAACUGGAGACAAUAACAUUGGGUAUUUGUCAUUAUCUCAACGCAAGAGGAGUGUCACAAAUUGUCAUCGUAUUAACCGAGCCUGUCUCCAUGCAUUCGCGGGAUUCAUUUGAGGGUGACCUCUUUGUACAAGGAAUUCAAAGUCACGUUGAAGUUCUAUCAGGACCUCUCGCCAUUGAAGCCUGUUCCGACAUUCAAACAGUUCUUGCAAAAUAUCAACCUAUCAAAGGGUGCUUCUACAUUGGGGAAGUCGAAAACCAGCAUUUGGAAGAUCUUUCUCGCAAUUCUUCAUUGGAGUUUAUCGUCGAAGUGAAAGACAAACGGAGCAUUUUAUCCAAUCAAAUACUUCCAGAGUCUCCAUUUGCGAGUUUGCAGCACUCACCACAUCCACAAAGACACGUUGUUUAUUUGCCUUUCUCUAAGGGUGAAGCGGGCACAGAUGCCCUGGAUCUUUCGCUAGUUACACAGUAUGGCCUCAGGAUGACACUUGGUACUACUCUCAGUCUUGGGUCAGCGACAAUAAGGGGGCAGCAGACCCCCACAGUCGUCGCUGUCUGCAAUCUAAAUGAGAUAUUUUAUCAGAACCAAGUCACGGAGAGCAAUCGAGCAUUGCUUUCACACAUCAUGGCACAGCCCUCGGCUGACACAAGUUCACAUUCAAUGGAAGAGGCAAGGCUGACAUCUUCAAGUCCUCAGCCCAAAAUGACGAAUUUGAACAUCAAAGAUGCAUCUACUCCAGAAGAAGCCCGUCAGAUCACAACCAAGCUUGUUAAAGAGAUAAUAUGCACAUUUGUUGUUACGACUGGGGAACUUCCGGAACAUGGCAAGGGAAUUGAGGAGCUUGGAUUGGAUUCAUUCAUCGUUUUCAGACUCCGCAACUGGAUAUUUGGUACCUUUAAAGCUGAUCUCGGAGCACCGGAAAUCGCGGAAUCGCCAAGCAUUUACGCACUUGUGACCAAAGUGCUCCAGCGUUCUCCUCUUGGAGAUUGGAAACAAAGAGAAGGGCAAAAACAUGAUGAUCAAUCAGAGUCAAAGGGCACGCAGAGUACAUUUGAAGAGCCUCAAAAGCAACCUUUGCCGUCAUUAAACGAUACUCUCGAAACAUAUCUCAACGCAGUCAAGCCUUUCUGUACUACUCAGGAACUGGCAAUCACUCAAUUUGAAAUCGCGAAAUUCCAGGGAACAUGUAGUCUUGGUGAAAGGCUUCAGCAGCGCCUGAAGCUUUUAGCCGAUGACCCGACUGUGGAAAAUUGGCUCUCUCAUCUGUACGCAAAACGGAGAUUCUUGGCUUCACGAAAUUCGCUUGUAGCUUUCCAGAGCUAUUUCGGUACUCAUCCAAGUGGACCAAAUCCGCGCCCCUGUCAAGCAGCCCGCGCCGCCCUUCUUGCAGUGACGACAUCUAACUUUAAGAGGAGACUGGAGAGCGGAACACUCGAUACACAGCGUCUCUCUGGCCGUGUCGUGGAUUCGACAUUGUAUUAUUGGCAAUUCAAUGCAUGUCGAGAGCCACAUCACGGCCAAGACAUUAUUCAAAAGUACUCUGGGAAGGAGUAUGAAUAUGUGGUCGUUUUUUGCAAAGGAAAUGCGUUCAAAGUUCCUCUUGUGGCCGAUGAUGGGAAUUAUUUCAGUGCCAUGGCUCUUCAAUCAGAAUUUCAGGCCAUUCUUGAUUUGCCCCUCCCUACUUGCGAACUGAGUAUUCUAACAGCAGAUGGGAGAGAACGAUGGGCAAAGGUUUGUUCAAAACUACUUUCUCACAGGGCACCUUGGAUACAAUGUACUGACUAA